CGCGCCUGGCCCCGCCCCCCGCCGCGAGGACAUGGAGCCGCCGGUGCAGCCGCGUGCGGAGGAGCUGUCGGAGCUGUACCGAGAGCUGAGCCAGCACCCGGGGCUCAGCGCUGCCUGCCUCGGCCCCGACCUCACCACCCAGUACGGGGGCAAGUACUGCAGCCUCUGCACCGAGUGGUCGCAGCGGGACCUGGCAAGGGCUGAGAACAUCAAGUUCUGCCGUCAGUACCUCAUCUUCCACGAUGGAGCCUCCAUUGUCUACUCAGGGCCUGCUGGCACCUGCUCUGAGAUCAAGGACGAGCUGCUGAGCCGGGAGUCCCCCAGUGGGAUGCUGAAGGCCGUCCUGCGCAAGGUCCCUGGCAAGGAGAAGGAGAAGCAGUUCCUGGAGAUCUGGGAUCAGAACCGGAAGGUGAAGAGCAUCGACCUGACAGCGCUGGACAAGCAUGGCAGCGUCUACGAUGAUGACCAGUUUGGGUGCCUUGCCUGGUCUCACUCGGAGACCCACCUGCUCUAUGUGGCGGAGAAGAAGCGUCCCAAGGCUGAGUCCUUCUUCCAGAGCAAAGCCCCCGAGCUGGGCACCUCUGAUGAGGACACGGGGCACCCCAAGAAGGAGGAUGCACCCAUCAAGGGCGAGCAGUUUGUGUACCACGAGGACUGGGGCGAGACGCUGAGCACCCGCAGUGUGCCCGUCCUCUGCGUCCUGGACAUCGAGGGCAACAGCAUCUCGGUGCUGGAGGGCAUCCCAGAGCACCUCUCUCCCGGCCAGGCUUUCUGGUCACCUGAGGACACCGGCGUGGUGUUCGUGGGCUGGUGGCACGACCCCUUCCGCCUGGGGCUGCGGCACUGCACGAACCGCCGGUCAGCGCUCUUCUACGUGGACCUGACGGGCGGGAGAUGUGAGCUGCUCUCUGAGGACGCCAAGGCCGUGUGGUCACCACGACUCAGCCCUGAUGGCUGCCGCAUCGUCUACCUGGAGAACAAUGUCCUGGGCCCCCACCAGCAGUGCAGCCGACUCCGCAUGUAUGACUGGUACACCAAACACACCAGCACGGUGCUGGAGGCUGUGCCACGGCAAGCAUGGGGUGCCUUCCCGGGAAUCUACUGUGGCGCACUGCCAGGGAUGUGCUGGGCGGCCGACAGCCGCAGGAUCCUGCUGGACACGGCCCAGCGCAGCCAGCAGGACGUGUUCGUGGUGGACACAGCAACAGGCACCACAACUUCGCUGACAGCUGAUUCUCCCCAGGGAAGCUGGUCUGUCCUCACCAUCAGCCGGGACCUCUUGGUGGCCAGGUUUUCCACCCCUAGCUGCCCCCCCAUGUUGCUGCUCUCUGAGGACGCCAAGGCCGUGUGGUCACCACGACUCAGCCCUGAUGGCUGCCGCAUCGUCUACCUGGAGAACAAUGUCCUGGGCCCCCACCAGCAGUGCAGCCGACUCCGCAUGUAUGACUGGUACACCAAACACACCAGCACGGUGCUGGAGGCUGUGCCACGGCAAGCAUGGGGUGCCUUCCCGGGAAUCUACUGUGGCGCACUGCCAGGGAUGUGCUGGGCGGCCGACAGCCGCAGGAUCCUGCUGGACACGGCCCAGCGCAGCCAGCAGGACGUGUUCGUGGUGGACACAGCAACAGGCACCACAACUUCGCUGACAGCUGAUUCUCCCCAGGGAAGCUGGUCUGUCCUCACCAUCAGCCGGGACCUCUUGGUGGCCAGGUUUUCCACCCCUAGCUGCCCCCCCAUGUUGAAAGUGGCAGUGCUGCCCGCCGCCGGCCGUGAGGCACAGACACAGUGGAUCUGCCUGCAGGCUUCCCCCCCCGUGCCUGGCAUCAGCUGGGGCAUCCGCACCCUGCAGCCCCCACCAGAGCAGGAGCACCCCCAGUACGGGGGCCUGGACUUCGAUGCCAUCCUGAUGCGCCCAAGCGAGGGUCCCGCUGGCCAGAAGCCCCCCUUGGUCGUGAUGCCCCAUGGUGGUCCUCACUCUGUCUUCACGGCCGGGUGGAUGCUGUACCCGGCGGCGCUGUGCCGUGUGGGCUUUGCCGUGCUGCUGGUGAAUUACCGCGGCUCGCUGGGCUUUGGCCAGGACAGCGUGGCCUCCCUGCCAGGCAACGUGGGCACACAGGACGUACACGAUGUGCAGCUCUGCGUGGAGCGGGUGCUGCAGGAGGAGACGCUGGAUGCUAGCCGGGUGGCUCUGGUCGGCGGCUCGCAUGGGGGCUUCCUGGCGUGCCACCUCAUCGGGCAGUUCCCCGACACCUACCACGCCUGUGUGGUCCGCAACCCCGUGGUGAACAUUGCCUCCAUGGUGACCACCACCGACAUCCCAGACUGGUGCCUGACAGAGACAGGGCUGCCCUACAAACCUGAUGCCCUGCCAGACCCAGCCCAGUGGACAGAGAUGCUGCACAAGUCACCCAUACGCUAUGUCGACCGGGUCCGUGCACCCGUGCUGCUGAUGCUGGGGGAGGAUGACCGGCGUGUGCCCCCCAAGCAAGGUCUGGAGUAUUACCGUGCCCUCAAGGCCCGGGGGGUGCCCACACGGCUGCUCUGGUACCCAGGGAACAACCACGCGCUGGCUGGUGUCGAAGCCGAAGCUGAUGGCUUCAUGAACAUGGCGCUGUGGCUGCUCAAGCACCUGCAGUGCUAAGGGUGCUGACCCCUGCUGCUGACCCCCAAUAAACGAUGUAGUCCAGCA